GUAGAAAACAGAGGCCCGUAUGUGGGAACUACAACUCCCGCCAUGCUCUGGGAGGAGAUCGGCAGUGACAUACACACAUGGUAAAGGGAGGGGGCAUGUCGAGCUUUUCCCGCGCAGGUCGUGCUGCUGCAGCUGCUGUCACACUGUGUUUGUGGUUCCAGCUGCGUGUAGCGGGAUGGCUAUGUCUGUGUAUGACUCCGCCAGCCUGCCGGACCUGCUGCCUCUCUACUACAGGAGGCUCUUCCCUUAUUAUCACUACUACCGAUGGCUGAAUUACGGGGGAGUUGUGAAAAAUUACUUUCAGCAUCGGGAGUUUAGUUUCACAUUGAAAGAUGACAUAUAUGUGCGAUAUCAGUCCUUCAACAACCAGAGUGAGCUGGAAAAGGAGAUGCAGAAAAUGAAUCCGUACAAAAUAGAUAUAGGAGCAGUAUAUUCUCACAAGCCAAGCCUGCACAACUCUGUGAAAUCAGGCACAUUUCAAGCACAAGAGAAGGAGCUGGUAUUUGAUAUAGAUAUGACUGAUUAUGAUGAUGUUCGGAGAUGCUGCAGUUCUGCAGAUAUAUGCAGUAAGUGCUGGACUCUGAUGACCAUUGCCAUUCGAAUUCUGGAUAGAGCCCUGAGUGAGGACUUUGGUUUUCGGUACCGAUUUUGGGUUUACUCGGGCAGGAGAGGAGUCCACUGUUGGGUGUGUGAUGAGUCUGCCAGGAAACUCUCUCAAGCUGAAAGGUCUGCCGUGGCGGAAUAUUUAAGUCUAGUGAAGGGAGGUGAGGACACCAUAAAGAAAGUACAGCUCUCUGAUCCCAUUCAUCCAUUCAUAAAGAAAUCCAUUUCAGUGGUGGAGAAGUACUUUGAGAAAUAUGCCUUGGUGGAUCAGGAUAUUCUGGAGAACAAGCAAUGCUGGGAGAAAGUGCUGGCCCUUGUUCCUGAAUCAGAGAGAGAGAGGCUGCAGGAAGAUUUCCGGAAAGCAAAGACCUCUGUUAAGCGCUGGGAGAAGUUAGAGAGUUGCUUAAAACACUUGGAUCUUAAAAAAGGAGCCAGUGAAAUUAAGUUACAGUACUGCUAUCCCCGCUUAGAUGUGAAUGUCAGCAAAGGAGUUAAUCACUUGCUAAAAAGCCCCUUCAGUGUACACCCUAAAACAGGUCGAAUUUCUGUUCCAAUAGAUUUGAAAGAUUUGGACCAGUUCGAUCCAUUUGCAGUACCAACAAUAAGCUUGAUUUGUAGUGAGUUAGAUAAUGUGAACACAAAAGAUGAUGAUCUUGGAAGCCUGAAUGAGGAUGAACCGGAAAUAAAACGCAAAACAAGAGAUUAUAGAAGAACAAGCUUGGCUCCUUAUGUGAAAUUAUUCGAACAGUUUCUUGAUAGAUUAGACCAGUCACGAAAAGGAAAACUGCUAUUGAAAAGUGAUCUAAAGAAAGAGUUUUAAAGUUCACUGAAGUCACCAACAACGACAUUGAAGACCAUGUGCUGGCGUAAACUUUAUCUGCUCCUAAUAUUCCUGUAUCUCCAAAGGUCACGACCCUUGGCUACUUUGAGCGUUUGUAGGAUCUUGUGCUAUUUCAGAAGGCAUAUCUUAUUUGCUCAAUUUCCCAGUGUGUAAAAAAAUUAUUAAAAACCUUUUAAGUUUUGUCUUUUAUUAUAAA